UCCCUUUUCUCUCUCUUUUUUUUUCCUCGUUCAUUUUUUUUUUUUUGGUUGGGUCCUGGGGUUUCCAUGUAUAAUACAAGUCCUUCUUAAUCACUAGUACUAGUAAAUUUGUGAGACAUAUAUUUGUUUUAGUUUGAAUAUAUACAUAACAUAUAUUAUAACAAUAUGGCAGCUCCAAAUAUGGCGGCGAUCACAGCAUCAUUAGAGAGGUCUAUGCAGAACUGCUCUCUUAACCACCACCACCACCACCACCGCCACCACCACCGCAGCAACUCCGCCGCCGGAGAAGCUGUAAGAGGAAGGCCCACCACGUCAACAUCAAGCAGCUCGUCUAGCCGCCCGAUCACACAUCAUGAUGAUCACGAUGAUGAUAAUGAUGAUGCGCCGCAAAAUCAUCAACUCCCAAACGCCGCCGACACUUCCACCACCACCACCGCCACCUUAGAACUCAACUCCCAUAUCUCCCUUCCUUACCAUUGGGAGCAAUGCCUUGAUUUAAAGACAGGGGAGAUUUACUACAUAAACUGGAGGAACGGCAUGAAAGCCAAAGAAGAUCCAAGAACGACAACAGACUACAACAGUGGAGAUUAUUACUCAGAAGAAGAAGAUGAAAAUAGCUCAUACGAGAGCGAAGAAUCGUCGUCAGAGUCGAGUAAUAGGAGAGAGGCGCAGAAGGAGCAGGUUUUGGUGGUGGGAGGGUGCAAGAGCUGUUUCAUGUAUUUCAUGGUCCCAAAACAGGUCCAAGAAUGCCCCAAGUGUUGUGGUCAACUUCUCCAUUUUGAUCGAUCCGAAAAUGGCUCUCUAUGAAUUAAAUUUGCUAUAUCCCCAUCACAAUAUUAUUCUUAUUUUUCCCAUUCUUUUUUUUCUUAUUUUAAUUUCCACUUAUUGGAAACCCCCUUUGUGUUUUUUUUUUUUCUCUUUCUUUUUGGAAAUUUCAGUGUGGAUUUGCUAAUGGAGAUAAAGUUUUUACUGCUA